CGUCGAGGAGCCUCUAUAAUUGUGGUUCUCUCAUUCAAUAUUUUCCGUUUCCAUUCUAUUUUUUUGAUUCAAAUAACUCAAAGAAAGAGGAAAGCGGCAAGCAACAGCAUAAUGUGUGUAGAAACUUCGAUCGUGUCCUGGUCGCAUGGAAGCGGGGGUCGCAUCCACGCUAGCAAGAGUGCACCGCGCAUGUGCAGCUUUGCAACACGUAGCACGGGACCGCUGCAAUGGUUGUUUCUGUUAUCGCAUGUUGUUGGCAGCACUGUUUCGCGAGCCGCUCCGGAGCAAAUGACGAUGGGGACAUCAUCUGCACGCGGAGCUGUGCCGACAAAGCGAAAAUCCACAAGCGCUGACCGAACGACCACCAGGCAGUCAGCAUCCGCCGGAAGUCGUGCUGUUACAAGAAGCUCAGAGCACCCUGAGCCGGCGUCCACAGCCUCUCACACUCUGAUCUCCGCCUCCCGCCUUCAAGAAGAAGAUAGAUUUCGAAAGGCGCCGGAGCAACUUUUCGGGGCCGAAGACCACAUCGUCUACGAGUUUCUCCAAAAGGUGCUAAAAUACAAGGGAGGGCCGAGAUUGGUGAACGACGAAUCUAACGAAAUUUGUGCCGUUUGUCACGAUCGUCCCUUGGUUGAGCAACAAAAAAUGUUGGCUCCAGGGAGCGCGGUAUCGGGGGAUGACGUAAGCGCGGCUCUUGCAGCACGCAUGCGAACACUGGAACUACAUGCUUCCCACUGCGAGGUCAGUGCCAUGAAAGAACCAUUGCGGCCGAAGAUUCAUAUUCAUUUUUGUGGCCAUGCCGUGUGCGACGGUUGCGCAGCGGAGGAAAAGAGAAGGCAAGCGGAAGGGAAACAGCAACAGAAGUGUUUCUACUGCUCUGCGGGCUCGGAGCGAGACAUGCUACCGAUGCAGCGAACCGAGAUGUUGCAGAGGGAGUGGCCAGUAACAUCAAGCGAGCAGGUUCAUCAUCCACGGAGUCGACGCGGUGGAGGUGUGCGAACUGCAAACGAAAGAAGUGUGGCGUCCUGGUCGAGUGAUGAUCUUCCCGCUCCGAACGGCAGUUGCAGCAGCGGUGAUGAAGCUUGUCCUGAAAUGCAUGGCGAGAGGAGCCACGACGAUCAAGCGAGAAAGACUGCUUGCAGGUCACACUGCCCGAAAUGGCUGAAGCACCCUGCACUUACCGUCGCGGAGGUCGAGAAACGCUUCUUGUCUAAAUUUCUUCACCCUGUUCGCGCUCGUGUUGGGACGAGGCAGGCUCUUCAGCCAGAGAAGUUGUCUGACACGGAUCGGGCGGAGUUGUGGAAACGACUGGAGACGUACAUGGAAAGGCAGAAGAAAGAGUGGACAGCAUUUCUCAGGAAAGAGGUCCACAGACGCGGACAGCACGGUGGCAAGGACCUCAUGUACAAAAUUCUAAACGAGGGACCCAAUGCGCAGGCUGACCUGCAAACAACGAUUUUCGUACGGCACCAGGCAAUGCUGAAAAAGGUAUUGGAAAACGAAGCAGAAGCCCUUCACUGGGUCUUGCAAAUGCUCAUCAAAAACGGAAGCCGACCACGUGGCGGACCGACCGACCAUUUGGCGUCCCUAACCGCCUUGGUGACUCGCAUGGGACUCGCGGAGACGAUGCCAUUGCACGUCGCGCGGUGCAUGUGCCUGCCGAUGUAUUGCGCGGCACACGUAUAUGUGGCCGCACGCGAAGGUGACCCCUGUGCCGGAGUUUUCUUCCCUCUCGCGUGCGAUGUAUCUCAGGCGUUAUUGAUCUCCUACGUCGGUCUGGAUUGGUUUAAUCACCUAAGCGUGUCGGCAGGACCUUGCGAAGUGUUUUUGCCUAUGCUCGUCACUAUUGCCUUGGCGAGUGGGUGCUGCACAUCGAUGCGGAACAAUUUUGUCCCACCUCUCACACGAGCCGAGGAGUUGUCGAUGAGGGGCCAACACUCCGUCAGAACUACAGAAUUGGCACAAACUUCGGAGGAAAAUGCGCCUGCAAACGAAGAACGCGAUGCUGUCGCCGUGUGUCUCGAUAGACUUCCAAUGCUGCUUCCCUGCUAUCGGUGCCUGCGUGGACCGCGCCUCAUGGCGCCCUACCACCGCCUGCGUGCUCUCCUGCGCCAGUCAAGGGAAGAGCCGAGGCGCAGAGAGUUGUUUGCACGAAGACGUGCUAGGGAACGAGGAGGUGAAGAAGAGAUGACAGGGGGCACGAUGUCGGAUGAUGCGGAUGACGUCGAAAGGCCUGCUCCCGUCUAUGCGCUUGAAGAACAAGACGCCAUCGACAAAUUGCGGGACGCCUUGUCUGUUCGGCGGAAUCGCGAUUUUCGGCGGGAGCUGCGAGAAGACAAGAACUUUGCUGCCGUGGAGAUGUACGUGACAAAAAUAGCCAGAAGGAACGGGACUUCAGUGGCCAGGUUGCUGCCUCUGGAUGACCUUUUCGCACUCAAUUUGCUCGAGGACCUACACUACGCACUUCGCUGGAAAGACGAAACUGCACCAAGAUGAGGAGCAAUUGACGAGAUUCUUGGCGAAGAAUAGUAUUGAAAAGCAGCCAUCUUGAUUCAUUUAUCGCUGUGAUGUGAAAGUUAGGUACCUGAGUAUAGAAAAUAAAGUGAAACUCAUUGACAUGAAAUCCGGAAUGGUCGAUGAGUCAAUGAUUACUAUGGAGCGCCAUUUGCUGGAGGGCGGGAAUCAAUCAAUUUCAUUGAGUCCGCCGAUUUAGAUAAGAGGUAGUAGCGAUGCAGUCACAACGCUAACCUCAACAAAUCCAAUUGUUUGUCUGUGUAAGAUGCUCCUUUUGCGCACUUCGUUAGGCGACCUUUUGCGGGUCGGCCACAUCUGUUUUUGAGAACUCACUGAAGAUGGGCUGAAACCUUCAGAGAAAGGGAAGAGCUUCUAUUUCAGCUGCUAAAUAAGAAAUCGCG